GAAAGUAGAGCAGAGAGUUAGAAAGGAAGGAAAUAGAAGAGGAGAUAAGAUGGAAGGGAGGGAGGAAGAUAGAAAAGAACAGAGAGAGAGAAAUGAAGGAAGGAGAUAGAGAGAAGGAAGAGACAGGAGGGAAGAAAGGAGGGAGAUGAGAGAGCAGACUGGGGAUCGGUGGGAUCGGUGUCAUGUAAUCCGCAGGUUCCGCCUCCAUCCUCUUGUGUUCAGUUCCGAUCAUUCUGUGACUGAUCACUGCCCCCAGUGGACGCCGCUGGUAAUGCACAGUGAGUUUUUGGAGUGCCCCCGGCAUAUUCCUCAGGUUUCGGGUCUGACACCUCUGUCUCUUCAUCCUGACCCCUCACAUUACGCUGGGACACAAUGGACCGUGACCCCUGACCCCUCGGUGCUGUCGGGUCGGUGGGCGCUGCUGUCAUCCCAUAGAUGUUCCUGCAACAAGUUCCCGGGACCGGAGCGGCGCCCCCUUCUCCGCAGCAUCAGCUCCGCCUCGCCCCCUCCCGGCCGCCUCCUGCCCCUGCACCCCCCUCUAUUCCGCUGGAUCCUCUCUAAUUGGUCCUGGGGGAGGCUCUGGGAUUUGGGGUGGAGGCUGCUCCUCUCCGGAUCACAUUCUGCCAUUGGUGCUCGGCAGCUUCAUAUAAACUGGAGGCUGAGAUCUGAGGAGGAACUUGUCCGGUCCUCACAGGAGGCUGCACGAUUAACCCCUUCACUGCUCCAGGAGACCCGACCACAGUCCCACCAGGAUUAACCCCUCCGGCACUGCGGUCCUCGGCUCCGGGGCUGCGGACACUUGUUGCGGGAUCUGCUGCAGGAUCGCGGCUCCGGGCAGUGGAUUGCGCCCCCCGCAGAUCUCCGGAGUGAGGACAUCAGGAGGGGGCACACUCCCCACCCCCCAUCCGCUCGGUGCCAGGGUGGGGGGCACUGGGCAGCACUUUGUGGACUUGAUGGAUGUGCGGUGGAUGCGGCUGCUGAGUCUCCGGGAGAUCGGUGGAUGAGCCGGGGAGAUCGGUGGAUGAGCCGGGGAGAUCGGUGAAUGAGCCGGGGAGAUCGGUGGAUGAGCCGGGGAUUCCUUCACUGAGCACCUGGAGCCGGGAAAGAGCUGUGCACGGGCUGGAUUGGCACUCGGAGCCGGGCAGACGAGCUGUGCACGGGCUGGAUUGGCACUCGGAGCCGGGAAAGAGCUGUGCACGGGCUGGAUUGGCACUUGGAGCCGGGAAAGAGCUGUGCACGGGCUGGAUUGGCACUUGGAGCCGGGAGACGAGCUGUGCCCGGGCUGGAUUGGCACUUGGAGCCGGGAAAGAGCUGUGCACGGGCUGGAUUGGCACUUGGAGCCGGGAAAGAGCUGUGCACGGGCUGGAUUGGCACUUGGAGCCGGGAAAGAGCUGUGCACGGGCUGGAUUGGCACUUGGUGCCGGGAGACCAGCUGUGCCCGGGCUGGAUGCUGCUGGGAUCUGCGGACGCCCAGGAUGGGGAUCUUGUGGCUUCUGCUUCUGUCUCUGCUCCCCGGAUCCGGCAGCGGACAAGGCGCUUAUGCGCCGGCUCAGGCUCAGAUAAUUCACGCCGGUCAGGCGUGCGUGGUGAAAGAGGACAACAUGAGCGAGCGGGUCUACACCAUCCGAGAGGGCGAUACGCUAGUGCUGCAGUGUCUGAUCAGUGGGCACCCACGACCGCAGGUUCGGUGGACAAAAACUGCAGGCAGUGCAUCAGAGAAGUUCCAGGAGACCUCCAUCUACAACGAAACAUUACGCAUCGAGAAGGUCCAGAGGAUGCAGGGAGGUCGAUACUAUUGUAAAGCCGAGAAUGGGGUUGGGGUCCCCGCCAUCAAGUCCAUUCGAGUAGAUGUGCAGUAUCUAGAUGAACCCAUUUUAACCAUUCACCAGACCAUCAGUGAUGUACGAGGAAGCUUCUAUCAGGAGAAGACUGUGUUCCUUCGAUGUACUGUCAGCUCUAACCCACCCGCUCGCUUCAUCUGGAAACGGGAGAAGGAGACUCUGUCACACAAUCAAGACAAUGGCGUAGACAUCUACGAACCGCUCUACACACAGGGUGAAACCAAAGUAUUGAAGUUGAAGAAUUUGCGGCCGCAGGACUACGCCAACUACACGUGCCAGGUGUCGGUCCGCAACGUCUGUGGGAUCCCAGAUAAAUCCAUCACCUUCCGCCUCACCAAUAAGACAGGAGCACCUUGGUGGGGACGAACAGGAGGUGACAAAAAGCUGAUUAGAAGCAAGAAAUCGCUCCAGUCUCCCCUAUGGCUCAAAGCAGAGGCCGCUCCUCCUGCGCUCAGGAUGUCAGUGAAUGAGACGCUGGUGGUGAACCCCGGAGAUAACAUCACCAUGCAGUGCACCCUCACCGGAGGAGACCCCCCACCCAAGGCCGUCUGGUCUCACUCCCCCAACCCUAUGCCGCGCAACAGCUUCAGUAAAGGGGGAAACCUGACUAUAUGGAACAUCACAACACAGGACUCCGGCUUUUAUAACUGCACAGCCCUCAACAAUGUGGGGAACCCCGCCAAGAAGACGGUCAACCUCCUAGUGAGAUCGAUGAGGAACCUCACCUAUCAGAUCACCCCGGACCUCAUCAAGGAGAGCGAGAGCAUCCAGCUGGGCCAGGACCUGAAGCUUUCCUGCCAUGUGGACGCGGUGCCGCAGGACAAGGUCCAGUACACCUGGUACAAGAACCAGAAGGUCAUCAAGACCUCUGACCGGAUCCUCAUCACCAGGAACGACCCCGAACUCCCCCCGGUCACCAGCAGCCUGGAGAUCAUUGAACUGCGCUUCAGUGACUACGGCACCUACCUGUGUGAAGCUUCGCUACCCAACCUGCCCACCACCAUGAACAGCAGCGAAAUCAACAUCUCCGCCGAGACAGUCCCUCCGUCCAUCAGCGUCCCCAAGGGGCAGCUCGUCAUCACCAAACGGGAAGGCUCCACGGCAGAGCUGCAGUGCGAGGUGCGGGGGAAACCGCUGCCCCCCGUCCUGUGGACCCGGGUGGACCCCAAGGAGGCCUCGUUCCCCAACGGCGAAAUGAUAGUGGAAACUCUGGACGGAAAACUGAGGCUGGAAAACAUCACCCGAGAAAUGAGCGGAACCUAUAAGUGUCAAAUAGCGAGAUACAACGGCUUCAACAUCCGCUCGCGGGAGGCCAUGGUGCAGCUCAACGUGCAGUUCGCUCCGGUUGUGGAGCCUAAGUUCCAGGAUAUCCGGUUGGCGAUGAAGCGCAGCGUCGCUCUGAGGUGUAACAUGUUGAAGGGGAGUCCGGUGAAGGUGGCCACUGCGGUUUGGAGGUUUAAUCGGAAUCUGUUGAAUGUCCCCGCUCUGGAUCAGCAGGAGUUCUCCGAAUACAAGAUCAACAGCACCAGCCGGGAGACGAGCGGCACCUACGAGUGCACCAUCUCCAACGACGUGGGCUCCGAUUCCUGUGUCUUUCAGGUGACUGGCAGAGCCUAUAACCCCGAGUUCUACUAUGACACCCUGAACCCCAUCGAGAGCUACAAACAGUUCAAGAAUUAUUCGUAUCUCAUCCAGUGGACGCAGAAGGAGCCGGGCGCGGUGGAUCCCAUCCUCCACUACAAGCUGGAGCUGAAGCCGCCAAACAUGAAGGGAAUGAACAGUUUUGUGGUGACCGGCCGGGAUAUGAGGAAAGGCUUCCUGUACGAGCACCGACUGAUCGAUCUGAAGAUCCCUCAAAACUACGAGGUCAAAAUUACCCCCCACACCGUGGCGGGACCGGGAGACUCCGCCUCCAGGAGCAUCCGCUACAAAGAGCCUGUCAACUACCCGAGCCUGUCAGAUAGCACCUGCCGCUUCGAGGACGAGAAGCUCUGCGGAUUCGUGCAGGAUAAAUACGACACCUUCGAUUGGAUCCGUCAGAGCAAACUGACCCAGAGCCUUAGGAGGACGGCAAAUACGGGGCCCGAAAUGGAUCGCAGCGGAACCCCGGAAGGUUUCUAUAUGUUUAUUGAGGCCUCGAGACCGCGCCGUUUUGGGGACAAGGCGAGACUCAUCAGCCCCCAGUACAACAUCAGCUCCAAGUUUCCAUCUCUGAAAACCACGUAUUGUGUGUCCUUCUACUAUCAUAUGUACGGGAGGCAUAUAGGUAACUUAACAGUUUUUUUGCGUCUUAAGAAUAUUGACGCCCAAGAUAUUCCUGUGUGGGUGAAGAAGGGCGACCAAGGGAACAAAUGGCAGCUAGAGAACCUGCAGCUCAGCCCAACAGCGCCAUUCCAGAUCGUGUUCGAAUGCGUGAUUGGAAAAGGCGUGGAGGGAGACAUGGCCAUCGAUGACGUCACGAUAAAGAAGGGAGAGUGUCCGAAAAGACAGAUUCCCCCAACAAAAGCAGUAGCGGCGCCCAGCAGCGCCCCCCAUCACCCCGUCUCAGGACUCCUCCUCUGGCUCGUAUCUUUCCUCCUCUUCGUGCUCCUGAGAUGAUACAAAGCGCCUGGAUCUGCUGGAUUCCCACCGAGGCCUCCCCCCCCCAAAACCUUCUGCCCUUUCCUCCUCUUUCCUUCUUCACGACACACACCAAAGUGUCCAGAUGUUACCAAAGACCGGCGAGCAUGACUGCUUGAAGGACCCCACAACGGACUGAGGGAUCCCUUUAAGAAGAUCAUUGCGUCUUACAAUACGAGGGGAGAGAACAAAAAAAAAACUCAAGAAGGAAUUACUAAAAGGCGAGAGACGAAGACGAUAGGGACGCGAUAAGACUAAAUACUGGGAGAUGUUCAGACGUCCACACGGGGGAUGUGGAAUAAAAAUAAUCAUAAAAAAUAUACUGAACUGUAUGGAAAAUAUAAGCACAAAUAUUUCUAUAGAGACUGUGGAGACCGUGGCUGGGAGAAUGUUACUCUGCCCCGGGGCAGGGACCUUGUAGGACACGUUCCGGCCUCUGUCUAUGAUUUUCUAAGUAGAUCCCUUGCGUGCUGCUCAAUGUCAUAUAAGCUCAUGUAUGCUCAUGCCAGAUGCAUGUCCUUCUGAGUUCAUAUGUUCAUCUAUGUCCAUGUAAUCACGUGUCCGUCCCAUCACAGACUCCAUUCCUGACAUCCCUGGUCAUCCAGAGAGCGCAGACCCUCCAAAGGGACAACAAUGAUUGUAGACUGUAGUUCUGAGCUCAUUCUAGGUCUUCUCAUGGACCAUUCUAGGUCUUCUCAUGGACCAUUUUAGGUUAUCUCAUGGACCAUUCUAGGUUAUCUCAUGGACCAUUCUAGGUCUUCUUAUGGACGGGGUCAUCGCGCCAUGAGCCCAUGUAUUGAGCUCGAUCGGUCAGAAGGGGCCGAGGCCUGGAGACCGCCAACAGCUUGCUGCAUUAGGCAUCUAUUAUAGAGGGGUAUGUACAAUGGCGGCUGCAGAGUAUCCAGCUAAUAUUUAGUGGUUUAUCUAUAUCCUGACACAUAAACGUUUAGCGUCUCCACCAACAAAAAGUGCCCAAUAGAAACCCAGGUAUAUGUGUGUUGACUACCACACCCACCAUCCAUCCAGACCCGUCACCAUCCGUCAUUCACCAUGACUCAUAGUUUUCCGCAGGGGACAGAGGUCAUCUGAUCUAUAGGAUGACAUUUAGAAUAUUGUUACCAAAUCUGAAAAAAUUUUAAAUAAACUGGUAUCCUUUUC